CGUACAAACCCCUACAAUAAUAAGACAACAAUAGCGCUUUAGUUUUUUUUUUGGUUAGUUUUUUUUUUACCUUUCAAUGGACUAUGGCUUUGUUGACUGCCACUGUCACAUAUCAGCCCGUGAAUUUGAGGAGGAUGUAGAGGAUGUGAUCCUGAGGACCAGACAGGCCGGGGUCAAGACUCUCAUUGCAGUCACGGAGGGAGUCGGGGAGUUCAGCAGAGUUCUCCAGCUGCAACAACGUUUUCCAGAUCUGGUUUCUCCGUGUCUGGGCGUUCACCCUCUGCAGGGCGGCGAUGAACCGCAGGAACGGCAGCGCAGCGCGAGGCUACAGGACCUGGAUGCUGCUUUGCCUCUGAUCUACAAACACAGAGAACGUCUCACUGCUGUUGGAGAGAUCGGUUUAGACUUCACGCCGUGGUGCGCUCCCACUCAGCAGCACAGAGACGACCAAAUGGCCGUGUUUGUGAAGCAGCUCGACGUCGCCAAAGAGCUGGACCUUCCUGUGAGAGACAAACUGAUCGCACAGAUUCCACUGGACAACAUCUGUCUGGAAACAGACUCUCCUGCUCUGGGGCCUGACGACGCGCAUGUGAGAAACGAGCCCUGCAACAUUGUUCUUUGCUGCGCUUAUGUCGCCAAAAUCAAAGGCCUGUCACCUCAGAGGGUUCAGUUUGUCACGGCGCAGAACGCCAGCAGACUCUUCUUUCCCGGAGCUGUGUUCUGAGGACACGCCUCUCCGAGUCGCAACAGGUUUGGACCUGAUCUCUGACGACCAGGGGCCCGUUUCAGAAAGCAGGUUUAGUGAAAACUCUGAGUUGGUUAACCCUGAGAUGAGGGAGGGACCUCACUUGGUCUUACGCUCCCUCACUUGGUCUUAUGCUCCCUCACUUGUUCUUACGCUCCCUCACUUGGUCUUAUGCUCCCUCACUUGUUCUUACGCUCCCUCACUUGGUCUUAUGCUCCCUCACUUGUUCUUACGCUCCCUCACUUGUUCUUACGCUCCCUCACUUGGUCUUACGCUCCCUCACUUGUUCUUUACUCUCCCUCACUUGUUCUUUACUCUCCCUCACUUGUUCUUACGCUCCCUCACUUGUUCUUUACACUCCCUCGCUUGUUCUUUACGCUCCCUCACUUGUUCUUUCCACUCCCUCACUUGUUCUUUACGCUCCCUCACUUGGUCUUACACUCCCUCACUUGUUCUUUACACUCCUUCACAAAAAAAUCUAAAAAUAUUCACAUUUAAGAAGCUGAAAAAUCACAGAAAGUAGAAAAUAUUCACAUUUAAAUAUUUUUAGAUGUUAUCACUCCAUCGCACUGUUUUUUUUUUGUGGGAGGGCCUUAGGAAGCUGCUCGUGAUUGGUUCCUGAGUUUUGGAGUGACAGCUCAAUCGACUGGAUGUCGUCACAGGCUUGGACUCGCUGUCCGUGUGGAACUUGAUCCCCGUCGACAUCCGACAAAAUAAUUGUAAAUAUCUUAAGUUUAUAAUCUGACCCAAGAUAUUUACAAUUAUUUUGUCGGAUGUCGACGGAGGAAACAUGGGGAUCAAGUUCCAGACAGACAGCGACAGUGUCUGUCUGUCUGUCUGUCUGUCGCUUGCUCGCUCUGUAAAUAAGACAAAUCUACUUUUUUUGAUUUUGAGCCUUUUUUUUUAUUAUUAUUAUUGUUGUCGUCGUAUUCAUCUUGAACACCUGAAUACUUGCUGCUUGUGUUGAGUCACAUCACAUUUCACACCAGCUGAGUUUUACCUGGAAGAGACGGAAAAGACAAACGGUUUGAGACAGACAAAGAAAGAAGACGAUCACUUCAGUAUAAAAUACUGUCCUGUCUGCGAUUAAAAAAAACAAAUGACUAUUUCCACCUCAUUACAAUUGUAGAGGUUUUAUUGAGUUCCUUUUUUUUGCUGAAUUUGUUCAACCUUUUUUAAAUAGCAAUUUUUGUGUUUAAUGUGUUUUUUUAAAUAACGUGUGUCAGAUUAAGUCGAAAAGACAACGUCAAUUUCAAGAAUAUUUACUUUAAAGCAGAAAGGCAGGAGUUGUUGAAGUUGACUUAAAUAAGAAUUUAUACUUUCUUUUUUUUUUAAACGAAGCUCGUCACUGGUAAUUAAGGCUUAAAGUAAAGUUUAAUGUCUGAUUCUUUCUUAAAAGUAAGAUGGGUUUCCCUGAAACACGGAAUAUUUUACUGCAAAUUUCGCUCUUUUCACAGAGGACAUUGCUGUGGACACGCAGUGAGUGGACGGAUGUCUCACGGCUUUCUCUGAAGUGUCUUCUCUCUGGGAGUUUGGCAGGAGGAGGAGGAGGAGGAGGUUCCUCUGAGCGAACGCUCCCGCGGAGCGGUGCUCCGGCUCCAGUCAGAGCUUUGAGGAGCAGCGUGCUCGUCUUCAGGUGCUGACGGUAAUGUCUCCUCUGAGUUCUGUCCCAGCUCUGCUGCGGCUUCACGUCCACCUGACACCACGUCUCCCUGACACGGUUCAGCUCCACGACAGCUUCACCCGACAUUUUCCUCCUCUCUCUUCUCUCCGUCUCCGUCUGUUUCUUUUCCCCCUUUUAAAUAAAUGAUCUACAGUCGGUGCAUGAUGCUGUGGCUGCCAUGGCAACAGGAAACUUGAAGAAGCCUCUCCAAAGAUCCUUCUAUGUUGGACAGGAUGAGUUACUCCGACCAAGCGCCUCAAAAUCCUUUUACAGCGUAUUUUUAGAAAGACAAAACAAAUAUAUAAUCAAACUUAAUGUUGGUUAAAAAAAAGAAACAAACAAGGAAAACGGCAACAAUAAAUACAAAAUAAUAAGUUCCAUUUAGUUUUUGGAUGGUUUUCUUGUGCUUUUGUUAAAAAGUAAGAACAGAAAUUAGAAAAACAUUUCAAGAAUAAAUAUAAAACAAAAAAAAAAUUCUUUGGACUUUUCCUGAUGAUUAUUUUCUUUUCCUGUCAUUUUCCCUCUUUUUCUUAUCCUUUUCUUUUACUUUUGGCAAAUGUCACAAAACUUGAACAAACAGAAACAAUAAAAAAAGUAAUUAUUAUUGAUUUGUUAUUUCGAUUUACUCACGUGCAAUAAACACUACUAAAUAAUAACCCACAAUUCAACAAAAACACAACACGUCGGCUUUGUAUAAUAAUUUUUUGCAAAUGAGACUCAAUAAUUGUAUAUUUGUUACCUGAUAAUUAUUCAGAAUUCUGUCCGCUUUUUACUUCUGUUACGUUUAAAACAUUUGCACGCACACACACGCACAUGCACACACAUCUCUCUCUCUCUCUCUCUCACACAUUUUUGUUUUUAGUGAGCAGUUAUUUUUCCUGGUGUUGGUUUUUGAAAACUGAGACAGAGUGAGUGCUCUCCUCCUCCUCGGCGGGGGGUCAAAGGUUAUCUGACCCUCCUGAGAACAGCUGAGAGCCCUUAAAGAAGCCUGAGAAACAUACACAUGAACGUAUAUUUGAUGUACAUUUCAGUUUUUCUUCUUUCUUUGACGUGGACCAGAGGAAAAUCACCUGCUGUGGAUUCAC